UUUACGAGUUCUAUCCAUACCUUGAUGGUCAAAAGCCAUUUCCCCUGCUCGGGAGUCGCCACAACUCCGACAGAAGACAGCAGGACGGUGAAAACACCGACGGUGAUGACAAAAUCGCCACGUCUUGCUGCCAUUUUACUUCCCCUAGCAGACAUGCGUCAUGACCCCUUCCCGCAGAGGAUGAUGGGAGGUUAAACGUGGCAAGAUGGUCGCCAACAUCAGAUUUUCCUGUUUACAAUUUCACAUUUAAUCACUUUACCAUGGACUGGAAGGUCUUACUCCGCGUUCCCAUGUACAUAUGGACAGUUUGGAACGUGAGGAUGCUGUAUAUAUUCGGUUGGAGCGCUCUCGUGCUGUCUGUUUGCGGGUAUAACCAGUUUGACGACAGCGUUCUGUUUCAUCUGAGUUGGCCCGGUCCUGAGUUGGAGUCCCCUCCAUCAGGGAGCAGAAUAGCAGAAACCAUUGAAGUGUCGACAGCAGACAAUGAGAGGUAUCGCUGUACACUCCCAGUGCCUUUGUCAGAGACUGAGGAUGCAGAUGAGGACUACGUUGGUCCCAGUGCAGCAGAGUUGAUGAAACCCAUCUACAAGCAAGUCAGCUGCACCUAUAGGAUAGAGACCUACUGGACUUAUGAACUGUGUCAUGGGAAAUACAUCAGACAAUAUCAUGAAGAAAAAGAAACAGGAAAGAAAAUAAAACUGCAAGAGUAUUAUCUGGGAAGAUUUCAAAGUGCAGAAGAUACACAGAAGCCGCCUCCUGAGGAAGGAAAACAGGGAAAAACAGAGAUGGUACCCUACAGAAAGCUGGAUGGCGUAGACAUGCCAUUCUUCCCAGAGUACAUGGCGGAUGGUACGCCGUGUGACCUGAAGUCAGGGGUGCCCAGGACGGCGCUCCUCCUGUACAUGUGUCACCCCGACUCCAAAAACGAAAUAGUCUCUGUUGAGGAAGUGACAACGUGUGCCUACGAGAUCAUCGUGUUCACCCCACUUCUCUGUCAACACCCUGACUACAGACAAAAGGACACGCCUGUGAACGACAUCCACUGCCAUGCCAUUCACGACGCCCCCAUCAAACCCAAAAUCCUACAGCAAGUGGAGAGAGAGGCACAGCAGGCACAGACUCAGACCCAGAGGGCAAGACAAAGGAGCAGUGGUGCUGGAAGUAUGGCAUUCAAAAGAGUUGAACCUUUCCGUGGACAGAAACAGGAUCCAACUGGACCUGCAGACUCAGGACCUCUGAAGGCCAAGCUGCCCAGUAAACUCCCUACACAGUCCAGCUCCAGUGAGCAGGCCACCCAGGGCUUCAAAAUCACCUCACUCACAGACAAACAGGUGCUGGAGGAGUUCCUGAGGGGGGAGUACUGUCUCAAAGGUGGAACAGGUUGGUGGAAACACGAGUUCUGUUAUGGGAAGCAUGUCCACCAGGUGCAUGAGGACCAGAAGCUGGGGAACACAGUCAUCAGGAUCGGCACCUGGAACAACCAGGAACACCUGGACUGGGCCAAGAAGAACCCCGGCCAGGCCACGCCCAGAAGGAACAGGGAGGACGGCAAAGUCAGGAUGGUGACUCACUACUAUGGCCAUGGUGACACGUGUGACGUGACAGGAAAACCCAGGGAGGUACUGGUCAAAAUGAAGUGUAAGAUAUCAGACAAGCACUCUGUGACCAUCUACCUGAUUGAGCCCAACACUUGUGAAUACAUCCUUGGGGUGGAGUCUCCCAUCAUCUGUUCCCUGUUGGACACUGCUGAUGAACACGGCCUUCUGUCAGUUCCAUCAGACACAGUCAAGGGACCAUAAUGUACAUUAGAUAGGACCUUACUAUAAUAUUAUUUCAAGAGGCUUUGACUUCAAGAAGUAUUUUAAAUUUCUCGUAAAAUAUGUCUAUUUGAAUUAUUUCAUUAUCUGUGUGCUAACAGAUGAUCAUAUGUGGGCGAUUUCUCUUUGUUUUGUUUUGUUUUAGGUUUGUUGUACAAACUUCUGGCUGCUGGUUUUCUUGUUUAUGCUUAUCUAUAUCAGAUAUUUGUAAAUGCUCAGGAAGCAAAUUUAUUGCCACUGAAUUGUCAUUUAAUCCAGCUGUACAAACUUAUAGUGAAGUGGGAGUUGUGCCACAUGAAAACUAAGGAUUUUCUAGAAAGCACUGCACGCAACUACAGCUUCAAGAGUUUUUAGCAAAUACUGGAUUAAAUGACAAUUCAUUACUGAAAAUAUUCUCUAGAUAAUUGAGGACUAAAAUAAAGUGUGAAACAUAAUCUGUACAGAUGCCUUCUAAUGAUAAAGAUUUAUUGUACAUUUUUUCUCUGUGACAAUAAACAUCUAAAACAAUAA